AUGCGCGAGUACCGCCUGCGCCUUCAAUCCCUUCGCAGGAACUCGCGAUACCCUUUCUUGGGCACCGUCAUCCGCCCCUCAAGUUUGCGCGCCGCCAUCACCUUCACCCACCUCACCCGGGCGAGGCUGGACAUGCAGAGAGUUGCCUUGGCGAAUGCCGUGCGCGAUUUCGAGGAGGGCCUGGGGCUGUGCUGCCACAUAGCGUGCCUCGAGAUUCAGAAUCAGCUGCUGAUUGUGCGAUACUACAGCCAGAGUAAAUUGUCCCAGCAGGAGCUGGCCGAUCUGCAGAAAGCAACACACUUCGACAAGAAAGAACUACAGCAAUGGUACAAAGGCUUCCUAAAGGACUGCCCGUCGGGUAUGCUCACCAAGGAAGAGUUCCAGAAGAUCUACAAGCAAUUCUUCCCGUUCGGCGAUCCUUCAUCGUUUGCAGACUAUGUCUUCAACGUUUUUGAUGCAGACAAGUCAGGCACAAUCGACUUCAAAGAAUUCAUCUGCGCACUGAGUGUCACCAGCCGUGGCAAGAUGGAGGACAAGCUGGAUUGGGCGUUCCAGCUGUACGAUAUUGAUGGCGACGGCAAGAUAAGCUACGAGGAGAUGCUGGCCAUUGUAGAGGCCAUCUACAAGAUGGUUGGCUCCAUGGUCAAGCUCCCCGAAGACGAAGACACACCCGAGAAGCGCGUCAAGAAGAUCUUCCGGAUGAUGGACAAGGACGAGAACGGUAGCUUAGACAUGGCUGAAUUCAAGGAGGGCUCCAAGCGUGACGAGACCAUUGUUUCGGCCUUGUCUCUCUACGAUGGUCUUGUUUGA